AUGUCCAAUGGCUGGGCAUCGGUCUGGUGCUGGGCAUCGGUCUGGUGCUGGGCAUCGGUCUGGUGCUGGGCAUCGGUCUGGUGCUGGGCAUCGGUCUGGUGCUGGGCAUCGGUCUGGUGCUGGGCAUCGGUCUGGUGCUGGGCAUCGGUCUGGUGCUGGGCAUCGGUCUGGUGCUGGGCAUCGGUCUGGUGCUGGGCAUCGGUCUGGUGCUGGGCAUCGGUCUGGUGCUGGGCAUCGGUCUGGUGCUGGGCAUCGGUCUGGUGCUGGGCAUCGGUCUGGUGCUGGGCAUCGGUCUGGUGCUGGGCAUCGGUCUGGUGCUGGGCAUCGGUCUGGUGCUGGGCAUCGGUCUGGUGCUGGGCAUCGGUCUGGUGCUGGGCAUCGGUCUGGUGCUGGUGCUGGGCAUCGGUCUGGUGCUGGGCAUCGGUCUGGUGCUGGGCAUCGGUCUGGUGCUGGGCAUCGGUCUGGUGCUGGGCAUCGGUCUGGUGCUGGGCAUCGGUCUGGUGCUGGGCAUCGGUCUGGUGCUGGGCAUCGGUCUGGUGCUGGGCAUCGGUCUGGUGCUGGGCAUCGGUCUGGUGCUGGGCAUCGGUCUGGUGCUGGGCAUCGGUCUGGUGCUGGGCAUCGGUCUGGUGCUGGGCAUCGGUCUGGUGCUGGGCAUCGGUCUGGUGCUGGGCAUCGGUCUGGUGCUGGGCAUCGGUCUGGUGCUGGGCAUCGGUCUGGUGCUGGGCAUCGGUCUGGUGCUGGGCAUCGGUCUGGUGCUGGGCAUCGGUCUGGUGCUGGGCAUCGGUCUGGUGCUGGGCAUCGGUCUGGUGCUGGGCAUCGGUCUGGUGCUGGGCAUCGGUCUGGUGCUGGGCAUCGGUCUGGUGCUUGGGCAUCGGUCUGGUGCUGGGCAUCGGUCUGGUGCUGGGCAUCGGUCUGGUGCUGGGCAUCGGUCUGGUGCUGGGCAUCGGUCUGGUGCUGGGCAUCGGUCUGGUGCUGGGCAUCGGUCUGGUGCUGGGCAUCGGUCUGGUGCUGGGCAUCGGUCUGGUGCUGGGCAUCGGUCUGGUGCUGGGCAUCGGUCUGGUGCUGGGCAUCGGUCUGGUGCUGGGCAUCGGUCUGGUGCUGGGCAUCGGUCUGGUGCUGGGCAUCGGUCUGGUGCUGGGCAUCGGUCUGGUGCUGGGCAUCGGUCUGGUGCUGGGCAUCGGUCUGGUGCUGGGCAUCGGUCUGGUGCUGGGCAUCGGUCUGGUGCUGGGCAUCGGUCUGGUGCUGGGCAUCGGUCUGGUGCUGGGCAUCGGUCUGGUGCUGGGCAUCGGUCUGGUGCUGGGCAUCGGUCUGGUGCUGGGCAUCGGUCUGGUGCUGGGCAUCGGUCUGGUGCUGGGCAUCGGUCUGGUGCUGGGCAUCGGUCUGGUGCUGGGCAUCGGUCUGGUGCUGGGCAUCGGUCUGGUGCUGGGCAUCGGUCUGGUGCUGGGCAUCGGUCUGGUGCUGGGCAUCGGUCUGGUGCUGGGCAUCGGUCUGGUGCUGGGCAUCGGUCUGGUGCUGGGCAUCGGUCUGGUGCUGGGCAUCGGUCUGGUGCUGGGCAUCGGUCUGGUGCUGGGCAUCGGUCUGGUGCUGGGCAUCGGUCUGGUGCUGGGCAUCGGUCUGGUGCUGGGCAUCGGUCUGGUGCUGGGCAUCGGUCCUGGUGCUGGGCAUCGGUCUGGUGCUGGGCAUCGGUCUGGUGCUGGGCAUCGGUCUGGUGCUGGGCAUCGGUCUGGUGCUGGGCAUCGGUCUGGUGCUGGGCAUCGGUCUGGUGCUGGGCAUCGGUCUGGUGCUGGGCAUCGGUCUGGUGCUGGGCAUCGGUCUGGUGCUGGGCAUCGGUCUGGUGCUGGGCAUCGGUCUGGUGCUGGGCAUCGGUCUGGUGCUGGGCAUCGGUCUGGUGCUGGCAUCGGUCUGGUGCUGGGCAUCGGUCUGGUGCUGGGCAUCGGUCUGGUGCUGGGCAUCGGUCUGGUGCUGGGCACUGGUCUGGUGCUGGGCAUCGGUCUGGUGCUGGGCAUCGGUCUGGUGCUGGGCAUCGGUCUGGUGCUGGGCAUCGGUCUGGUGCUGGGCAUCGGUCUGGUGCUGGGCAUCGGUCUGGUGCUGGGCAUCGGUCUGGUGCUGGGCAUCGGUCUGGUGCUGGGCAUCGGUCUGGUGCUGGGCAUCGGUCUGGUGCUGGGCAUCGGUCUGGUGCUGGGCAUCGGUCUGGUGCUGGGCAUCGGUCUGGUGCUGGGCAUCGGUCUGGUGCUGGGCAUCGGUCUGGUGCUGGGCAUCGGUCUGGUGCUGGGCAUCGGUCUGGUGCUGGGCAUCGGUCUGGUGCUGGGCAUCGACGCCCUGGGUGGGCUGCCCCUCGUGGAAGAGCGAGGCACCGGAGAGUUUGGUGGCCUCCUUAAGCGGCUGCAGCAGCGCGAGGCGGAUGUCGGCCGGUAG